GCUCCGCCCUUCGGACGCCCCACCCUCCCUGGGACGGCCUAUAAAUCCUGGGUGCUCCGCUGCGUGAUCCCAGCCGUCUUCUCUAGGAAGUGGAGCCUGCGGACUCUUAAGCUUCAGGAUGGUUCACGCUAAGAAAUGGACCCUGAGGAAGCACUUUGAAGGCAGCCCUACAAAUAGUAACUUUGAGUUGAAGACAGUUGAACUCCCACCCUUAAAAAAUGGAGAGGUCCUGGUGGAAGCUUUGUUCCUCACCGUGGAUCCUUACAUGAGAGUGACAGCCAAAGAUUUGAAGGAGGGCGAUACGAUGAUGGGGCAGCAAGUGGCCAGAGUUGUGGAAAGUAAAAACUCAGCCUUUCCAAUAGGAACUAUUGUAUUGGCAAGUUUCGGCUGGACAACGCACUCCAUUUCUGAUGGAAAAGAACUGCAAAAGGUGCCUUCAGAGUGGCCUGACACAUUACCACUGUCUUUGAACCUGGGAGUCGUUGGCAUGACAGGCCUAACAGCCUACUUUGGCCUACUCGACAUCUGUGGUGCAAAGAGUGGAGAAACAGUGCUGGUUAAUGCAGCAGCAGGAGCAGUGGGCUCUGUUGUGGGGCAGAUAGCUAAGCUCAAGGGCUGCAAAGUUGUUGGAGUAGCAGGGUCUGAUGAAAAGGUUGCGUACCUUAAAAAGCUUGGAUAUGAUGUCGCCUUUAACUACAAGACAGAGUCUUUGGAAAAAGCUCUGAAAAAAGCUUCUCCUGAUGGUUAUGAUUGCUAUUUUGAUAAUGUGGGUGGAGAAUUUUCAAACACUGUUAUUACCCAGAUGAAAAAAUAUGGAAGAAUUGCUAUAUGUGGGGCCAUCUCUGUAUAUAACAGAACUACCGCACCGCCCCCAGGCCCGCCCCCAGAGAUUAUUAUCUAUAAGGAACUCCGCAUGGAAGGGUUCAUCGUCAGCCGCUGGCAAGGAGAUGUUCGUGAGAAGGCUCUGAAAGACUUGCUGCAAUGGGUCUCAGAGGGUAAAAUCCAGUACAAUGAAUACAUCAUUAAAGGAUUUGAGAACAUGCCAGAUGCAUUCAUGGGCAUGCUGAAAGGAGAUAAUUUGGGGAAAACAAUAGUGAAAGCAUGAAAAAAGUGACACAUGGAAUCUAGAAAUCAUUUCAAUGAUUACCAAAUUUCAAGUAAAUUUCAUUUCAAAUGAUAAAAUUCAAAAUUUACUAAAUUUUACCAUUUAGUAAAAAAAAUGUAUACUGCCUCCAUGAUCUUAAAAAUAGUGAUUGUAAUGAGUCUGAUCUACCUAAUCAAGUACAUUGAAGCAGUAUGUAAUUAGCAACAUAAUAAAAAUCUCAGUGAACAAACA